GUCUUUGGGACCCUUCCCGCUUACAUGCCUCCCCCGCAAGCAGCAUAGCAGCAUUACUGCCCGCUGGCAUUCAUGGCAAAUGCCUGGACCGCGCGGGAAGGCCCUGGCCGCCCUAGCGGUCCUAGCGGUCCUAGCUCAGCAAGCGCAUUGCUGGGCAGUCGAGUUGACGAACAUCCGGCAUGACGAUCCCUUGGCAUUCGUUCCCUGGGAUGAAGCCAGAAACGAACCAACUCAGGUUUGGCAAGGAAGCUACACUCACACAGAGCGGUUGUCUUGCGAAUUGACCACCGACUUGCUCUUCGAUUGGCCUGACCUCAAGCGCAGCAUGUCCCUUUGGUUGGAAGCCACAGUGCGCAAGUAUCACAAUGUCACCCAGAUCUACUGGGAGCGCAUAAGGCCGAUUCAGCACGCCUUGACCAACAUCAUCAGCUUGCACGAGGUCAUGACCUCCAGAGAUUGCAUUUUAGGAAUUUUGGCCAUCCGCUUCUUCUACCUGAUAGUCCAGACACGGAGUUACCGUGAGAGCACGCUGGUGAGCCACAACAGCAUGACGACUGAUUGGUACUACAUAGUCAGCAAGUUCAAUUGGUCGAUACUGGUGGACACUGGCUGGGCUCCCAUUUUUUUCUCGAUUCUGGCAAUGCUCUCGCAAGACUUCAAGAAGUCUCACCCAGAUUCGGUUUGGAUGGACUGUGAAGAACUUCCACACAUCGGGCCUUUGAGCACGGACAUGGAGGCUUACAUCAGUCAGGACCAUGAAACGUGGCAUGUAUUUCUCGAAGGGCUUGCUCAAGCAGAUGAGGAAUCUCUGAAGCGCUGCCCGUGCGCAUAUGCCUAUGUGGCGGCGCUGCUCGCCACAGCGCAGGAGGAUGAAAAGCUGGCCCGCAAAUUCUUGGACGUCUCACAAUAUGCCUUGAGGCAUUUCAGAGAGGAGAACAACUUCACCUUGGCCAAUGUGCUUUUGUCAAAGUGGGAGAUCUUCCCCGUCCUGGCUCACGCCACCUUCGUGCUGGAUAUGCCCAGCGGCAGCUCCCAGAAGAAGUCUUGCGAAGUUCUUUGGUGCCCAGAGGGUGGCACGCCCAACACUCUCACCUGCCGCUGCGAGACAAUUUUCUCACAGGAGUUCAGGAAUGUCUCAGCAUGUCUCUUUGUUGUCGACACCCGCCGGAGGUCGUCCCUGCGGAACAUCACCUCAAUCCUGAAUGCUAGGUAUUGGACACUGGCAUAUGGCAUCAACCGUGCCUACGCUCAAGACCACGGUUUCGAGAUAGACUAUGUCCAACCGGAUUCUGAGAUCCACUACCCAGAGAGGAAGGUAGGCUGGGCCAAGGUCAAGGUUCUCAUCGAUGCGCUACGGGAACGGGGCCCUGAGCGCUGUGCCUACGGCGUGUCCCUGGACUCGGAUGCCUUCAUGAGAACGUCUGAGUCCCUUUCGGCCAUCAUAGCAGAUUACGGCCUCGAUCAGGAGAAGCUCAUUAUGUUCUCGCAGGAGUAUCACGUGGAGCAGAGCGAGCAAACCAGCAGCGACAUUUUCAUAAAUGGGGGCUUUUUCAUAGUGAGGAACACUCCCGAAGCGGUGCAGUUGCUGCAGGAAUGGUACGAUGUGCCAGAGACCUACGAGGACAUGGCCCACUUGAAGAAAGAUAAUCCUCAAGGCUUAAAUCUUUGCUGGGACAGUCGGAUGCAGCCAAAGUACGCCAGCGUCACAGUCCUGGCGCGUGCCUUAGGAUGCGACAUGCCAGCCUCCAGGGGGCGGUGCCGAGGCAGAGCCGCAUCUCUUUACUGCGCCUUUGGGAAUGGCAGUCCGACACAACUGGUUCAAGGACCUGCGGUUCGAGCAGGAAAUGCAAGACAUCUUGUUGCAGCGACUGCAACGAAGAUACAACUGCAUUGUGUGCCAGAAUGUGUACGACUGGGAUGACUCGAACAACACAGACCCUGGCUGGAGGUGAGAGAAGCUGCGGACAGCCAAGAUCUGGACACUGAUCAGCGAGAGGCAAUGGAUCUCAGGCUUGCGAGGGGACA